AUGCAGGCCAACGUUGGACGCAAGGUGUGUUGCCUGAUGCGUUUCGGCAAGUUCAGCGAUACAGAUAGUGCAUCGUCGCUCUGCUGUACUUGCCCAAGAUGCAGUCCACGAGCUCCGCUGUGCCCUCCCAGUUGUCGGCGCCCUCGGUGUAUGCGCAGUCGCCGUGCAACGCGUGAGCCCAAAGCCACAGAUGAGCACCGUGUCGCCCAAGCUACUGUCAAUUGCGUCGCUGUUUAUGAAGAACGAGUAGCAGCACCCACAAAUGCCCAAACGCAAAUGUCGCCGCCUGCCGACGCCACCGUCGCCAAGGAGCGACACGAAGGCGCGCCGCUGAACCGCCGCCUACCAGAUCUUCCGCAAGCGCACGCCCACGUCCGUGAAGCUCCGCAACCGGCGGCGUCGGCGGACAGCGCGCGCCUAAUCCCGCUAAAGUACAUCAACUACUCGGUCACGCUCCUACAGUAUGUGUCCCGCGGCACGGGGCGGCGCUCGCGCCAGCUCGUGGACCCGGAGGUUAACCGCUACGAGGUCAACGUCACGCGGGCGCUGCUGACGCACAACCACCGCGUGGACAAGGAGACGUACCAACAGUACAGCAACGCGAGGCUUGGUCUCUCGGACGAGCUGCUCAGCUGCGUCGAGCUCAUGCACAAGACCAGCGUCAAGCCCAAGGAGAUCCGCUCCUAUAUCAUUGAGAACUCGAGCUGCACGCCGACUUUCAAGGACCGGCCAAAGCCGGCUUGCUGUCGUACCGAGCACCCCCGGGAGACAUUGCGUGAGUAUCGCCUCGCCACCGCAGCUGCUGCCAAUAAGGACCCGCCGGAGCCUGUGGAGCCCACGACGCAGUUCAAGGUGGCACACGCAGUAGGGAAGGCUGUGGCUACUAUGCUGGCGGGGAUACCUGCAACCGAGUUUGCAGGCGCCUUCUGUGUGAUGGAAGUCGCCACGAACAUCGUGCGCGAGCGGCGGGCGGAAGCCGCAGCAAAACUCGCAGCAGCGAGUGAAGAAGUCGAGAGUGAGACGACGACCGACGACGAUGCAUCUCUCAGCGUUGCGAGCGCGGGCGUUCCUUCGGUUGAUGAUCCAGGCCCGAAGUCUUUAGGAGGUUGGAACGUUUUUGAUAAGGAUACAUCUCGGCAGGGCAGAGAUCAAAGGCAAACACAGGACCUCGAAGCUCAACUGUUGACGCGUCGUCCGUUUAACAAUCUAGAGAUACCUUCUACGCAGCACCGCUUGCACCGGAAAUGCGGCUGCAACGACCAAAGCUCUGCAACCACUCGAAGAAGCUGGAGAGAAGCUGGAGCCGUUCAUCCUUCGGGUGCCGGGCCGCCCAGCAGCGCCAGCAACCACGGCAGGGCCCUCGCCAUAUCGCACAUAGUUGAAUGGCACGUGGAGCGCGUCAAGAAGCUCAAGAUAGGCCCGCCCCACGAGGAAGGCGCGAAUCUCGGUCCGCUCAUUGGCCCCGAGGACGCUGUCACGAACGGUGCCACUGCUCUUGUCGGUGGCCAGCGCAGAGACAUCGGCCGCAACUUCUACGAGGCUACAGUGCUGGCCCAUUUCACGACGGAGGAGGAGGUGAUCGAGAUGGCCAACUCCACGGAGGCCGGUCGUGCCGGGUACUUUACUCGCAGAACCUGUCGCGAACGUGGCGUGUGGCUGCUGCGCUGGACUGCAAGGGCCUCCGUCUCCUCUGUCUUCUGCUUCAACUGCACGUGCAUUUUGUCGAAAGCACCUUUCCAACGCGCUGCCAUUCCCACUGAUCGUCUUGCUCUUGGGUUUACCUUUCGAGCUAUGCAAGUACUCGACCGAGUUGCUCGGCGCCGUAAGCCCCAUCGUACGAGCGUAUAUGAUGAAGAGGCGCAACCACGUGCAGCCGAUAAAACGUUACCGAAAAUACUUCCUCGGAGCUCCAGCGAAGACGCCCUGCCGUCGAGAAGACAAGAGAGUAGACGCUUCAGUAUGGACCAUAAGGUCACCACCUACUACACUCGGCGGGAAUGCCAACGUCAAGACGGUCAAAGCGCCCCCGAAGACAUGUUCGAGCGGAAGGAAGAGGCACCUAGUAAUAUCGUGAUCAAGGUUGCUGAGCUGCUUGACACGGAACGAAUGCAAUACGGAAACGACGCCUUUAGCUUCGAUAAUGUAGGGCAGAAUAGUGUUGUGAUAGCCCCCGCAGAAGUUUACACUGAUCAAAUGGUGUCUUAUGGCAGAUUUACUGGACAGACACAACUCAAGAAAUGUUGUUUGAAGCGCAUCUUUGGUGAGACAAGGCUGGGCUACUCUCUCGGUCGAUUGAGUAUCUUUUCGACAUUUUUGGUGAACCGUCAGCCGAGCAAGUCGAAAGUGCGUGUGAAAAUUGGCGAUGUUGGCACGUUUGGAUUCGAACAUAACGCGGAAGUGACCCUCGUCGUCAGCUUUUUGGAAAUCUACUGCGAUAGAGUCCGUGACCUCACACGAGCAUUCCUCGAACUGAGAGUGCCGCAAGGUAUAGCGUCAAUAAACAUUGUGGGGGCAACCGUCAAGCCCCUCACCCAGCCUCGUGAGUUUGUUUUGAGCGCAGCUUCAGCUCGAAUCCUCCGCGAAUCGAAGAGGACUACGACUACGAAAAAGGCAUGCAGCACGAACACAACGAAUUCCAAGUACUCGGACUACACUGUAACUGGUUGCCUUGAUUACGUGCUCCAACAAACUUUGAGAUCCAUGAGGAUGCUCAAGCGCAGGUCUUUAUGA